AUGGGACGGAAAGAUCAUCAUAAAUCUUGUCAGAGUGACAUAAAUGUAUCAUCGGCAUUUACCGAUAUUGGUGCACAAGUGUGGGUUCGUGGUAUUUUUGGAACUUUAAGGCGUUAUAUAUUCCUUAGUUCCAUGGGUUUUCAUACUCCGAAACAUUUAGCUGUUGGCUUGCUUGUAUUUCAGAAAGAGAUAAACAUUCGUAUCGAAGAGAAAUAA